AUGGAUUACCAGAAUCGCGCAGGCUCCAAAUUCGGUGGCGGAGGUGUCGCGUCACAGUCUGCGACGAAUGCCGACCGACGAGAGCGCCUCCGAAAGCUCGCGCUCGAGACCAUCGACCUCGAUAAGGACCCGUACUUCUUCAAAAACCACGUCGGCAGCUUCGAGUGCCGUCUCUGUUUGACAGUCCACCAGAACGAUGGUUCAUACCUCGCGCAUACACAAGGAAGGAAGCAUCAGACAAACUUGGCACGUCGUGCGGCGAAAGAGCAGAGAGAAGGCAAGAGGGACGACGUGGGCCAGCAAGGACUUCUCGCUGGUGUGCUGCCCAAGAAGAACGUCAUCAAGAUCGGUCGGCCAGGAUACCGCAUUACGAAAGUACGCGAUCCGAAUACACGUCAGAACGGGUUGCUAUUCCAGUUCCAGUUUCCGGACCUCACACCUGGCAUUACCCCCAAGGUCCGUGUCAUGAGCGCAUACGAGCAGAAGGUGGAGGAGCCCGACCCAAAUUACCAGUACCUCAUUGUCGCCGGCGAACCAUAUGAGACAGUUGCAGUUAAGCUGCAGUCUCGCGACAUCGACAGAAGGGAGGGCAAGUUCUGGUUCUGGUUCGAUGAGGACGCCAAGGAAUUCUGGUGCCAGAUCCUCUUCAAGACUGAGCGUGAUGAACGCUUCAGUGCAGUGCCAGGUCUCGCACCUGGAAGGUAG